AAGGGUGCGCCGAGAAAUAAAGAUGGUGGGCUGAUAACACCCUUUUUGUUAGAUUAAUUAAUUAAAUAGACUAGGGCUCGAGAGAGGACCAAUAACCUACGCCAAGCGAACCAGCGCCGCAUCCUUAUUCUUCUGCAGUUUCUCCCUGGGAUACGUUCGUAACCCGGUAUAUUCUACUCUUACCUUCGAUUUCGUUGGCAUCGUCUCCGAACCCAGAUCUCAUCCUCAUCCAUUAUACUCCUUUUUCUAAUUUUGGUUACAAGAUCCUUGCUUGGUGAAGGUAUAAGGCAUCAACGUUGCAUCAUCUUUGCUCUUCUUAAGAAAUCGUGUUUACCUUGAGAAGAUAUAUUAGAUGCCGAGGACAAGAGCUGGUGCUGCCUCUUCUGUUUUAAGGGAGCCUGAAAAGAUAAUUGAGGCUGAAGAGCAAAUUGACUUUGAUGGAGACAACGAAGACGUAGAGGAAGAGGUUGAAUAUGAAGAAGUGGAAGAAGAGGUGGAAGAAGAGGUAGAAGAAGAUGAGGAAGAAGAGGAGGAGGAAGAGGAAGAGGAGGAAGAGGAUUCUGGUAGACUAAAGCAUACAGACGCUGUGGGAUUGGAUGCUGAUCUUGAAGUAGAAGAAAAUAGUAAUGAUAAAAAGCAUGCUGAGCUUCUUGCACUUCCUCCUCAUGGGUCAGAAGUAUACUUAGGUGGUAUUAGUCAAGAUGUAUCUGAAGGUGACGUGAGGCAAUUUUUUGACUCCAUAGGGGAAGUUGUGGAGGUUAGGAUAAUGAAGGGAAAGGAACCUAAUCAGAACAAAGGGUAUGCUUUUGUCACUUUCAGGGAAAAAGAAUUGGCUUCCAAGGCAAUUGAGGAGCUAAAUAAUACUGAAUUCAAGGGAAGAAAGGUAAAGUGCUCUGCAGCUCAAGCAAAAAAUCGUCUUUUCAUUGGUAAUAUUCCUAGACAUUGGGUGGUGGAAGAUCUUAAAAGGGUUGCCAACAAGACUGGGCCUGGUGUUAUUAAUGUGGAAAUGGUGAAGGAUCCGCAGAACUCAAGUCGAAAUCGUGGUUUUGCUUUCAUUGAGUACUAUAAUAAUGCAUGUGCUGAGUAUUCACGCCAGAGAAUGUCUGACCCAAAAUUUAAGCUUGAUGAUAAUGCCCCAACCGUGAGCUGGGCUGAUCCAAAAAACACAGAUUCUUCUGCUGCUUCUCAGGUUAAAGCUGUGUAUGUAAAAAACUUGCCCAAACAAAUUACUCAAGAUGAGCUAAAAAGUUUAUUCCAGCAUCAUGGGAAGAUUACUAAAGUUGUUCUACCCCCAGCUAAAGCUGGGCAGGAACAGAACAGGUAUGGUUUUGUCCACUUCGCUGAAAGAUCUAGUGCCAUGAAAGCGCUGAAGAACACUGAGAAAUAUGAAAUCGAUGGUAAAGUUCUGGACUGCUCACUCGCAAAGCCACAGGCAGAUCAGAGUGGUAGUGGGGGGUCAGUUUCAAAUAGAGGAGUUGCACCUCCAACCUAUCAACCUCGUAUUGGAUAUGGAUUGGGAGGGAGUCCUUAUGGUGCCAUAGGUGUGCGCGGCGCGCCUCUCGGUCAGCAAUUACUUUAUGGAAGAGGAGCCACGCCGCCUGCUGGCGUGGCAAUGAUGCCAUUGCUUUUGCCUGAUGGAAGGAUCGGAUAUGUCUUGCAACAGCCAGGAGUUAUGCAAACUCCUCCACCUGCACCGCGAACGAACUUCGGUAACAGCGGGCGGAAUUCAAGUGGAGGCGUUAGGCGGAGUGGCGGCAGUGACAGUGGGCGAGGUCGAGGACGAGGCCGAUAUAACCCUUACUAGUUCUCGUGGAGUUGUUUUGUACUCUGGAAAUGCUUCUUUAAAUUUAUUAGCAAUUUUUAAGGAACAUGUGGACGUGGGCUUCCUCACCUGUAGUGGACAGUGGGAACCUCUAAUGUUACAUUCUUUCGAUGCUAUAAUUAUUGUAUAAUAUUGGCUGCUAGGCUUGUACACAUAUAUACCAACAUUGUGGGCUUUGUGGCGUUAAAUUGUACUCCCUCCGGUCCUAAAUAAAGUUCAUUGUUUGACUUAACAUAAAUUAAGAAAAUAAAUUUUACUUUACUGUAGAGUACACUGUUGUGACACUGUUUUGCACUGUUUUGCACUAUUUUGAUCUAGAUAAAUUGCCAAAUAAGGAAGGGAGAAAAAGUGUGAACUUUAUUUUGGACCGGCCCAAAAAAGAAAGUGUGAACUAGAAGUGGACUCGGGCCGGGUGGCUCGACCUAG